AUGUCCAGGAUUGCAUCAGUGCAUAAUGGUAAAUUUAAUUUGAAUGGCCCAUCAAUUGCUGAAUUACUGAAUACAGGUUUGCAUUCAGUUCUCAGUCACACCUGUCCGUUCUGUGAGAGAUUGUUAUGGAGCAAAGCAAGUGAAUAUCGUGUAGUCAAGGCUCUCCUGGGAUUUUGUUUCGGUGCAGGUGUCGGUGCAGCGUUAUAUUAUAUAAUCUUGAUUCGUCUACCAUUCACUGAGAAAGAAAAGGUGUACCUUGGUGGUACCAUUGGCCUCCUCCUCAGCAUUGGAUUUGCAUUUUCAGUCCAAGUUCGUUGUACCGUUGUCUUGGUUACACCGUAUUUAUUUAGUCGAUAUGGUCGCAACAUUCUGACUACCAUGACCAUGACCUUAUUGAUUACAGGUCCAGUAGCAAAUAUUUUUCAUAAUGCCGAGGAACUGUCACGUUCUAUCAGCUGCACGGCAGCCUUGGCUCACAACAAUAGUGAGUUAUUAUUUGAACUCAUGCAUCAACCAUUCACUGGGGUCAUGGAUGACUUAAAGGACCAAAGUGAAAACAUUAACGAAAUAUCGCAUGAAAUGAAACAAGAAUUUAUUGCAAUUGAGGAAGAAGUCGAGGACGAUAAAGAUGGUAAAAAAUAUAAAAAUGAUCGUAAGAGAGGAAAGGGGAAGAAGACGGAAGAUAAUUAUAAAGACAAGUUGGAUUAUAGAUGUAAAGAUAUAUUCGAGCAAGGAGUUGAGGAGUGUAAAGGAACAUUCCGAAGAGCAGAGAGAGAUUGCCGUAAUACCAUUGCAGUUCCUGUUGUCAAGGACGUAUUAUGCUCCCCAAUGAAAUUAACAUUUUUAUGUAACAUUGUCACUGCCUACUCAUCACUGUGUGAUACCGAUGAAGCUGUCAACCCUGGAAUGGGCAAGACGUAUCAAAGUGCCGAUGAAGCCGUCAAUGAGUUCGAUACAAAUUUCGAAGUUGCAAUUGGUUGGCAGGUUCAACAAGGCACGGAAGAGAUUGACUUGAAGACAUCCUCUGACAUUCAGCUUGCGGUAUCGAACGAAUUCAAAUCAAGGUCACAGUGGAUAACCAUGCUCGUUACGAUUAUUAAAAGUAUCAUCGCUUUCAACUUCGUACUCAUGUUUCUAAGCGCUCACAGUUACAGUAAGAAGUUCAUAUCAGAAAUAACGUUCGAUAACGUUUAUAUCACGUCGUAUUUCAGAAAAAUAGAGAAUAGACGCAAACAGCAGAAAAAAAGAAUAUUAUUACCUUUGAAGAAAGCAGAAACCAAAGAAAUUGUUAUUCCAACAAAGAUUUCUUUACUUGCUGAUGAAAAGAGGAAGUUGGGUAAAGGAGUAGUGCGAUUGCUUCUAAAUGUCUUGGUUUCUCUUAUUAUCUGCACAUUUGAUUACUUGUUAUUCCAUAUUUUGGAUAUUGUACAGAGACACAGUGAAGUGACUAUCCAGUUAAAAGGAGUUCAUGCUAUUCGUGUUAAAGUCCAUGGUGAGGGCGCUAUAGCACACUUGUUUCGUACAAUGUUAUCAGGCUUCAAUAGCAGACACGAACUCGACAGCAUGUCAACAAAUACAGAGUGUUUGCCAUAUCCCAACCAUGUUCCAAAUGACACCAUAUAUACCAUAUUCAUUGGCUGGGGAAUUGUCUUUAUCCUACUCUAUGUUGAAGCGUAUGGAUUGCGAUUACGACGUGUCAUUUGUUCAUUUUUCUUUCCAAAG